UAAGAUGACCUGGGGUACUAAUGUAAGAAAUAACACGUAAAAAAACAAAAAACUGCAUAGUUUCCUAGGAACGCGUAGCGAGGCGGCCAUCUCUGUCGGCGCCUCGCCGUCAAGACAUGGGUCUAUACUCCUUAUUUUGUGUUAUUUGGAUGAUGGGUUAUGAUAUGUUUUUCAAAGGUUUUCCAAAAUGUCCAAGAUGGAGGAAAAUCUAUCCUGACAGACCUUAUGGGUCCUUGAGGCAAAUGUGUCCAGUGUGAGGAAAGAGCCUACAUCAAAGUUUCACAGCACCACCUAUAGGCCAAUCAGUGCCAAUCUUUUUGACCAAGUUACUCAUGGCCUCUAGUUUCGCUGUGAACCCCUAAAUAUUCAGUAAGGAAAUACAUUUCCCACAUUUUGUUAUUGCAUCAGGCAUUUUAAUUCACUGUACACUACCUACCUCUUUAACGAACAUGUAAACACACCAUUUUUAUGACGGUGAUUGUUUCACUUUUUAGUUAAACAAAAUCUUUUUAAACGUUGUUCCGGUUGAACGACUCCUUCACCAAGUACAAGAAGAAGAAGGCGGAGAACGACAAAAUGCUGAACGAGCAGAACGUCAAGCUCCAAGAGCAUCUGUCUGAGGUCCCCUUCCAGAAGGCAAAGCUCUCCACACAGCUGGGGUUCGCCUCCAAGAGGUAUAAGAUGCUGCAGGAGAACCUGAACGGCUACAGGCGGGAGAUCGCCGAGCUGCACGAGAAGAGCCAGAAGAUGGCCGCCACGGCUCAGAAACACGAGCAGAAUAGCCACACCAUGACCCAGGACCUCUGGGCUGCCUAUGAGAAACUGACCGUGUCAGAGAAGUCCAGACUGAACCAGGAGAAGGGGGCCAUGAUGGCUGAGCAGUGCAACCAAAACCUACUGCUGACCAACCUCAAAUCUAUCCAGCUGACGAUGGAGUGUACAGAGACAGAGACCAGGUAGUGUCUGAACAGCCAGAUAGAGAGACUGGAGAGAGAGCUCCCCCAGUUUAAGAAGAAACCGGCUGAGGCGGUAGAGCAGAGGCACGUGCUGGGCCGCAACCAAGAAGUACAGAUACACUCAAGUAUUUUUUUCUCACCACCCAAUUCAUUUUCCUUUCCUCAUUCUUUCAGACAGUGUUUGUCUUCAUUCAUGUUGGUUGUUUAGCAUACACUCUUAUCCAGAGCAAAUUACAUUUCUCUACCGUGCUCUACCAACUGAGCCACACAGGACUUUCCUCUCUGUCUCCUUUACCUCAUCUGUCGCUUUUUCGUCCCGUUUCUCCUUCACAAACCCUUUCGCUCUGGAAAUGACCAAGAACAUAAUUAGAUCUUCAGUGGCUUUUAUGAUCACAUCACUUAGGCCCCCUCUCCUUCCUCCACCAAUUCUUAUUUUAUUACACUC